CCGCAGCGCCGCCGCCGCCCCCGGAGCCCGCCCCCCCCCCCGGAGCCCCCAGCCAUGGGCGACGAGGACGAGGAUGAGGGCUGCGCCGUGGAGCUGCGGAUCACUGACGCCAACCUGACCGGGCACGAGGAGAAAGUGAGCGUGGAGAAUUUCGAGCUGCUUAAGGUGCUGGGCACGGGAGCCUACGGGAAGGUGUUCCUGGUGCGGAAGGCCGGCGGGCACGAUGCGGGGAAGCUGUACGCCAUGAAGGUGCUUCGCAAGGCGGCCAUUGUGCAGCGGGCCAAGACGCAGGAACACACGCGCACCGAGCGCUCGGUCCUGGAGCUGGUGCGCCAGGCGCCCUUCCUGGUCACGCUGCACUACGCCUUCCAGACUGACGCCAAGCUGCACCUCAAUCCUUGGUAUGGGACUGGGGUGGACUACGUGAGUGGGGGGGAGAUGUUCACCCACCUCUACCAGCGGGAACACUUCACCGAGGCCGAAGUGCGUGUGUAUGGGGGCGAGAUCGUGCUGGCCCUGGAGCAUCUGCACAAGCUGGGCAUCAUCUACCGAGACAUGAAGCUGGAGAAUGUCUUGUUGGACUCGGAAGGUCAUAUCGUCCUCCCGACUUUGGGCCUCAGCAAGGAAUUCCUGUCUGAGGAGAAAGAACGGACCUUCUCUUUCUGUGGCACCAUCGAGUAUAUGGCUCCCGAGAUCAUCCGAGGAAAAUCCGGCCACGGCAAGUCUGUAGACUGGUGGAGUCUGGGCAUCCUUCUCUUUGAGCUGCUGACCGGGGCAUCCCCCUUCACCCUGGAGGGCGAGAGGAACACGCAGGCUGAGGUCUCCCGGCGGAUUCUGAAAUGUACCCCUCCCUUUCCCUCUCGGAUUGGGCCAGUUGCUCAGGACCUGCUGAAGCGGCUCCUGGAGAAAGACCCCAAAAAGCGGCUGGGGUCAGGGCCACAGGGGGCCCAGGAGGUGAAGGACCACCCCUUCUUCCAGGGUCUGGAUUGGGCAGCCCUGGCUGCCAGGAAAGUCCCGGCCCCCUUCCGGCCCCAGAUCCGUUCGGAGCUGGACGUGGGCAACUUUGCAGAAGAAUUUACCCGUCUGGAGCCUGUCUAUUCACCCCCUGGCAGCCCGCCCCCCGGGGACCCCCGCAUCUUCCAGGGUUACUCCUUCGUAGCCCCUUCCAUCCUUUUUGACCGGAACAAUGCCGUGAUGACCGAUGUCCUGGAGCUGCCGGGGGGCGGGGACCGGCCUGGCCGGGCAGCUGUGGCCAGGAGUGCCAUGAUGCAGGACUCCCCUUUCUUCCAGCUCUAUGAGCUAGGACCUCCGGAGCCUGCCUUGGGCCAGGGUAGCUUCUCUGUGUGUCGCCGCUGUCGCCAGCGGCAGAGUGGACAGGAGUUUGCUGUUAAGAUCCUCAGCCGAGGUAUGCUAGAGGUGAACACCCAGAGGGAGAUAGCAGCCUUGAGGCUUUGCCAGUCACACCUACUUGUUGUGAAACUCCAUGAAGUGCAUAAUGACCAGUACCACACAUACCUGGUGCUGGAGCUCCUGAGGGGUGGGGAGCUGCUGGAGCACAUCCGCAAGAAGCAGCAUUUCAGUGAGUCGGAGGCCAGCCAGAUUCUACGCAGCCUCGUCUCGGCUGUCAGCUACAUGCAUGAAGAGGCCGGGGUGGUGCACCGGGACCUCAAGCCACCAGAACAUCUGUAUGCUGAUGAGGCCCCUGGAGCCCCAGUGAAGAUUAUCGAUUUUGGCUUUGCCCGACUACGGCCUCAGAGCCCUGCAGGGGCCACAUGCAGACCCCCUGCUUACCCUACAGUAUGCCGCCCACGAGCUGCUUGCCACCAGGGCUAUGAUGAAGUCCGUGACCUCUGGAGCCUUGGGGUCAUCCUGUACAUGAUGCUGUCAGGGCAGGUCCCCUUCCAAGGAGGGCCUGGACGGGGGGGACAGAGCCAGGCAGCUGAGAUCAUGCGGAAGAUCCGGGAGGGCCGAUUCUCUCUGGAUGGGGAAGCCUGGGAGGGUGUCUCAGAGGAGGCCAAGGAGCUGGUCCGAGCGACUCUAUCCUCUCCUCUCCCCAGGACUGACCUGACGUGGACCCCCGCCAAGCGGCUGAAGCUGGCUGACCUUCGGGCAGCACUUGGCUGCAGGAUCUCUCAGGUGCCCCUCAGUCUUCUCCUGGACAGACUUUUCCGGUUUCUCCCACUGAUCCUUAUGCGGCUUGGUCUUGAGGCCCUUCACAAUGCUGCAUGUGUUCACAGCUUGUCCUUAUCCUGGAAUUCCUUCUUGAGGGUGGCCUAUGAGCGCCAAACCCAGAUGUGGCGGAGCCGUCUGGCCUCCAGGCGGUGGCUGGGGAUGAGGGUGCCGCCUGCUCUGGGACGCCUGACUCAUCUCUUCUCUCCUGCCCUUCUCCACCAGGCUUCAACCGGGGCAAGAAGGGAGGGCUUCUUUCUGAAGAGCGUAGAGAACGCCCCCCUGGCCAAACGGCGGAAGAUGAAGCUAGGCAGCUCCGAGCCAGCCCGCAAGGGCUCCCCGGCCCCUCCCCCGGCCCCUGCCCCCUCCACCCAGGGACGAGGAGCCCCACCUGCCAAGGGGGCUCCUCGCCGAGCCAAGGCCCCCUCCCUCCCUCCUAGUGGGGUGGACAGGAGCUGGGUGAGGGAGGCCGUCUGCUUGGGGUCCACUGUGAACUGGGGGUUGGAGAGGUCAGCUCCAAGGGGAGGGAAACUGACCUGGGAGGAAGAAGCAGGAGGGAUGUGACUCUGCAUUGGGUCUGGGGGAGCUGCAUGGGGGGAACACCCUCACCCUUUGCCCUGCCCCCCCACCCCAUUUCCUCCAGAACCAAUCUUGCUCCUUCCCCCCUCCUUGACAUCUUUGCAUCCUCCCAUCCAUCUUGCCCCUGAAGGCCCUCCCAGCCCAGUCCCUGUUCCUUCCCCCACUGAGCCCCCCACCCCUCCCAGAGACUGAGACAGAAGUAUUUUUAUAAACAGAACUUUUUUUUAUGUCUUUCCAGGUAGUUAGUGAUGCAGGGAUUCUGAGGGGAGCUGAGGGGCAGUAGGGACUGCUGACGUCCCCCCUCUUGCCUCUGCCUCUUUGCCAGGACUUCCUGGUGUGGUGGCAGCUUCGGAGUUGGGGGGGCCGGGCCAGGCUGUUCAUGCAGCCUGCUUGGUGGGUGUGCUUGGCCAGCCCUGCCCUCCUCCGGCUCCUUUUCAGCCUGGCCUGCAGCCAGCCAGGCCUGGGCCCGAGAGAGGGGCAGGUGUGAGGCUUCUCUGUCUGAUGAGCCUAGGCCUGCCUCUCUCCCCCCUCCCAUUUCUCCAAGCACUGAGCUGAGUGGCCAUAGUGAGGACCGGGGCUCCCCUUCCCUGCCUGCUUGGGGAGCAGGUCAUGUGGGGACCCUGUUGUUCGGAAGGGGAUGUUGCCCCAAGUCCAAAACUGUCAAUUUAUGGGGCGUCUGUGCAAUUCUCUCCACCAAAGACUCAAAGUCUCGUGGAAGCCGCUGCACCCCCGGGUAGGGAGAGGGGUGCUGAGAGUCACUGUGAGCUCCCCACCCCCUCCUUAUCCCAGCCCCCCAGUGGGCCUUCUCCCAUUUUCCCCCUCCCCCACCAGGCUGGGUGGGCCUCCCUCCUGGAGUAGCUGAAGGGACGUGGGGAAGAAGGUCCCUCUUGGGGGAGGGUCCUACCCUCUGACACUGCCCCCUGCUUUUGCGCAGCUUCCCCAGGCUUGGGGGAAGGGGU